GGAUAGAGGAGGGGCAGUGUGCCCUUCCCCCAGCCAGAGGGAGGGCAGAGGCAGCAUGGGCUGUGGCCCCCAGAGGUCACCAGUCCUGCCAUGGGAAACAACAGUUCUCACGAGAGUACCAAAGUGCCUAAGCAGGCCUGCAAGGAGACGCCGCCUGACACAGACAGGGCGGGGCAGAAACAGCAGUUCUUCCGCCACCUCAAGCGGAAGAAGCCAAGUGCCAAGAUCGUGCUGAUUUUCCCCUUGGACAAGCGGCAGCAGCUACCCAAGGUGGCGGGGGGCUCAGGCGCGCGACCCGGUAGGUCAGGCGAGGACGCGAUGGGCGCCCCCGUGGGCUCCCCGGCGGCGGCGCCCAUGCUGGGAGGAGCCGGCGACUGCGCUGAUCGGCGCGAGGGCGCGCGCGCACGCGAGAUGAAGAAGAUCUUGGUCCUCCUGCUGCUGCUGGACGCGCGGCUGCAAGAGGAGGGGCGCUGCGCGGCGGGCGCGCCCGGGAGCGGGGCCAAGAUCGCGCCCGACUGGCAGCGGCUCUACUCCCGCCUUCUGACCGUCGUCGGGGCGCACAGCGAGGCCCACCCCGCCGAGGAGCAGGGGCCUAAGAGGCGCCGCUGCCCUCGCCCGCGGCCCCUGCGGCCCCCGCGGCCCUGAGCGCCCGGCCCACCCCCGCACCCCGCUUGUGGCCCAAUAAAGAACGCAUGGCAACCCCGG